AUGUUUUGUUUUUCUCGUUUCGCUCUCUGUGCUGCGGCGCCUCGUGUGCUUGUAACUGGAGCUCUGGGUCAAAUCGGAACUGAUCUUAGCCUUGCAUUGCGAGACAAGUUUGGUGCAGACUCCGUCCUGGUGAGUGAUGUGGUUGAGCCAGGUGCAAAGCACCCACUUGCCGGUUUAAAGGGCGUUGAGAAGCUCGACUGCCUCGACAGCAACGGUUUUGAGAAGUUGGUGAAGGAGUUUAAACCAACAUGGAUGUAUCACCUCCCGGCUAUUAUGUCCGUCCGUGGUGAAGCGGAACCUGAUCUUGCGAUGGAUAUCAACGUUAACACCACACGUUAUGCACUUGAGCUUGCUCGGAAGUACAAUAUACGUAUUUUCAUUCCAAGCACCAUCGCCGCCUUUGGUGACAAGUGUGGGAAGACUAUGACGAAGGAUGAUACCAUCAUGAACCCCUCCACGGUGUACGGUGUGACGAAAGUUUACACGGAAUUGCUCGGCACGUGGUACCGUCAAAAGUACGGUGUGGAUUUCCGCAGUGUGCGUCUACCUGGUAUUAUAUCUGCUGCAACGCUCCCUGGUGGAGGUGCCACAGACUACGCCAUUCACAUGUACCAUUCUGCACUUCUGCAGAAGAAAUGUGUGUGUCCUGUUCUCCCUUACGAGUCACUCCCUAUGAUGUACAUGCCCGACACACUGAACAGUUUGGUAAAAAUCAUGGAGGCGCCCCUUGAGAAGUUGACUCGCACGGUGUACAACAUAACUGGUUUUAGUUUUUCCCCAUCGGAACUGAGGUUCAGCAUUGAGAGGUGUACUGACCGCACCAUUGAGGUGGAAUAUGUGGAGGGUCCUGCUCAAAAGAUUGCAAACUCGUGGCCAGACAGUCUCGAUGACAGCAACGCACGCAAUGACUGGGGACACCAGGUGAAAUAUGAUAUUGAUAUGAUGAGCGAAGAUAUGUUGCGGCAGAUACCAAUCCUUCAUGGACUUCCAUCCUUGUGA